CGGGCCGAAUUUCCCCACUUGGGUGAAGAUAACUAAUCUGUUCACUUGAAUUCAGACAGACAAUCGCGACAUGCAUCGACACCCUCUCGUUCCCAUCCCCAUCUUUCCCUUCGCCUCCCAUCAGAAUGUCUUUUAUCAAUCGUGCUGCUCCUGACGUAGAGGGAUAUUUCCCCUUGAACGAUCCACCGAUUGGAACUUCUAGGGAUGAGAGUCAAGAGUUACCGCUUCUUUUCCAGCCUAUAACAAUUGGUGGUGUAACCUUCAAGAAUCGUAUCUUUGUGUCGCCUAUGUGUCAAUACAGCUCUGACAAUGGUCAUGCAACUGACUGGCAUCUCGUUCACAUUGGAGGAUUCGCCACUCGUGGUGUAGGCGCCAUCUGUAUGGAAGCAACCGCCGUUGUUCCCGAAGGUCGAAUCGCUCCCGAGGAUGCUGGCCUCUGGACGGACACUCAAAUUGCCCCGUUAAAACGUAUAAUCAACUUUGCCCAUGCCCAAGGAGUGAAGAUCGGCAUCCAAUUGGCUCAUGCGGGGCGUAAAGCUUCGACCUAUGCUCCCUGGGUUCAGGAAAAAGUGGGCCAAGGACUGAGAAAUGCCGCGAGUAAGGAAGAGAACGGGUGGCCUGAUGAGGUUGUCGGUCCCACUUCUACGCCGUUCAACGAACAUUUCCCGAUCCCGAAAGAGUUGACCAAGGAACAACUGGAGGAAGUCGAGAACGCAUUCGUCGCUGCUAUCAAGCGCGCUGAAGAAGCUGGAUUCGACUUCAUAGAACUCCACUGCGCACACGGAUACCUCAUCUCGUCCUUCGUCUCUCCCCUCUCCAACACACGCACAGACGAAUUCGGAGGUCAACUCCUCGAGAACCGCCUCCGCUUCCCUCUCCGUCUCAUUUCCCGAUGCAGAUCCGCUUGGUCCAAGCCCCUUUUCGUACGAAUUAGCGCGACGGAUUGGGCUGAGGGUCCGGAAAAGAACGAAGAUGGGACUUGGGCUCAAUGGGGAAUCGAACAGAGUACCAUCUAUGCGGGGGAGAUGAAGAAGCUUGGAGUGGACCUUGUGGAUGUCAGCUCGGCGGGGAAUUGGAGUAAGCAGAAGAUUACGGUGGUUCCUGGGUAUCAGGUCCCAUUCGCAGCCGCUAUCAAGAAAGCACAUCCCGACCUGAGUGUUGGGUCGGUGGGUUUCAUUACUGAAGGAAAGCAGGCAGAGGGUUACUUGAGAGAGGGAAAGACAGACGUGGUUUUCCUUGCAAGAGCGUUGAUGAGAGACCCGCAUUGGGCGUUGACUGCUGCUAGAGAUCUGGGGGUCAAGAUCAAGGCUGCUAACCAGUACGAAAGAGCCUUUCGUGUUUAG